AUGAGCGUGGGCCGGUACAUAGCGACGCGGAUCCCGACGCUGAAGCCGCCCAUGGCCAAGGCGCCGAACCCGUUCAAGCUGCUGACGCUGCUGAACACGCAGCAGUGGAUGUUCUUCCUGGUCGCUUUCAUUGCAUGGACGUGGGAUGCGUUCGACUUUUUCACCGUGUCGCUGACGGUCGAGGACCUGGCCGAGUCGUUCGAUAAGAGCAAGAAGGACAUCACCUGGGGCAUUACGCUGGUGCUGAUGCUGCGCUCCGUCGGCUCCAUCAUCUUCGGUAUCGCGGCCGACCGCUGGGGCCGCAAGUGGCCGUUUGUUGUCAACAACGUCCUGUUCAUCAUCCUUGAGCUUGGCACCGGUUUCUGUCAGACCUACAACCAGUUUUUGGGUGUCAGGGCGCUGUUCGGUAUCGCCAUGGGCGGCUUGUACGGCAAUGCUGCGGCGACGGCCUUGGAGGAUUGCCCCGAGGCGGCCAGAGGUAUCAUCUCAGGCAUGCUGCAGCAGGGCUAUGCCUUUGGCUACCUGCUCGCGACAGUGUUUGCCAGAGGCCUGGUCAACACCACGCCUCACGGCUGGAGGCCGCUCUUCUGGUUCGGCGCUGGCCCACCCGUCCUCAUCAUCCUCUUCCGGCUCUGUCUCCCCGAGACGCAAGCCUACCAAGAGCGCCAACGCGUGCGCGCAGCCGGGCACAACGUCGGCAAGACAUUCGUGGCAGAAGGCCGCGUCGCGCUCAAGAAGCACUGGCUGCUUCUCAUCUACCUCGUGCUACUCAUGGCGGGGUUCAACUUCAUGUCGCACGGCUCGCAAGACAUCUACCCGACGAUGCUCAGCAACCAGUACAACUUCAGCCCGAACGCGGUGACGGUGACGCAAGUGGUCGCGAACCUGGGCGCCAUGGCCGGGGGCACGACAAUCGGGUACUGCAGCCAGAUCUUCGGGCGGCGGUUCAGCAUCAUCGUCAUCUGCGUGCUCGGCGGCGCGCUGCUCUAUCCCUACACGUUCGUGCGCAACGAGCGCAUCAUGGCCGUCGCCUUCUUCGAGCAGUUCUGCGUCCAGGGUGCCUGGGGCGUCAUCCCCAUCCACCUGAUGGAGCUCUCGCCCGGCAGCUUCCGCACCUUCGUCGUCGGCACUGCGUACCAGCUCGGCAAUCUCGUGUCCAGCGCCUCGUCUACCAUCGAGGCUACCAUCGGCGAGCAGUUCCCUCUGCCCCCGAAGGGCAAGGUGGAGCGCUAUGCGUAUGGAAAGGUCAUCUGUAUCUUUAUGGGCUGCGUGUACGCCUACGUUAUUGUGCUCACCCUGGUCGGCCCGGAGUAUAGGGGCCGCAAGUUCGAUGUUAGACAUGAUGCGGAUAUGGUCGAGGCGACGCAUAAUGACCAUGAGGGUAUCGAGCGCAUUGUGCAUCCCGAUGCGAGGAUGAGUGUGGGAGACGGUGAGAAGGCGGGCGCGGUUAGACGCGAGGCGGUUUAG